CCUACUCCAGCAUGCUACGUCAUGAACUAUAUAGAGGCUGCGAAACAUGGCGAUGGUAUUAUCGUAGUGUCGGUAUGGAGGCGUAUUGCUAUACAUGCACCCGUAUAGGAUAUGUUUCUGUAAAUUUCAAAUUGUACAUUUAGAUCAGUGGAACAACAUAGGAUAUACAGUAUAACGUAUAUUCAACGUUGGAACAUGGCGACGGAUAAGGUGAAAGUUGCUGUGCGGGUGAGGCCAUUCAAUCGAAGAGAGAUUGAAUUGAGCACACAAUGUGUGCUAGAAAUGGGUGAUCAACAAACUAUUCUCCACCAUCCAAGCUCUACCAAAGGAGAAAGCAGCAGAAAGCAACCAAAGACAUUUGCUUUUGAUCAUUGUUUCUGGUCCUUUAAUGAAAAUGAUGAUCAUUAUGCAAGCCAAGAAGACGUGUAUAAGAGUUUGGGUGCUGAUAUCUUAGAUAAUGCCUUCCAAGGUUAUAAUGCCUGCAUUUUUGCUUAUGGCCAGACAGGUAUGAAAACCUNUAAAGUUGAAGUUUCCUAUAUGGAAAUAUAUAAUGAGAAGGUUCACGAUUUGCUUGAUCCCAAAGGCAGCAGAAAGCAACCAAAGACAUUUGCUUUUGAUCAUUGUUUCUGGUCCUUUAAUGAAAAUGAUGAUCAUUAUGCAAGCCAAGAAGACGUGUAUAAGAGUUUGGGUGCUGAUAUCUUAGAUAAUGCCUUCCAAGGUUAUAAUGCCUGCAUUUUUGCUUAUGGCCAGACAGGUAUGAAAACAUCACUUACAACUCUUGGUCUUGUAAUAUCAAAAUUAGCAGAUCAAGCCUCAGGAAAGGCCAAAGAUAAAUUUGUACCUUACAGAGAUUCUGUAUUAACAUGGCUACUAAAGGACAAUCUUGGUGGUAAUAGUAAAACUGUGAUGGUUGCAACAAUAAGUCCUGCAGCUGAUAAUUAUGAAGAAACCCUCUCAACAUUACGUUAUGCAGAUCGUGCUAAACGUAUUGUCAAUCAUGCUGUUGUCAAUGAAGAUCCAAAUGCUCGUAUUAUUCGCGAAUUAAGAAAGGAAGUAGAAAUGUUACGUGAUCAAUUGAAACAUGCAACACAACAAGAAGAUAUCAGUGAACGUCUUGUUGAAUCUGAAAAAUUAAUGAAAGAAAUGUCACAAACUUGGGAAGAGAAGUUGCAUAGAACUGAAAUCAUACAUCAGGAAAGGCAACAAGCCUUAGAAAAGAUGGGAAUUUCAGUUCAAGCUUCAGGAAUUAAAGUGGAAAAAGAUAAAUAUUACUUGGUUAAUUUAAAUGCAGAUCCAUCACUGAAUGAACUUCUUGUAUAUUAUUUAAAGGAUAAAACUUUAAUUGGUAGACCUGAUGCACCAGUUGAGCAAGAUAUCCAACUCAGUGGAUUAGGCAUUAUGCCAGAACACUGUAUUAUAGUUAUUGAAAAUUCUGAUAUCUACAUAAUACCCAUGGAAGGUGCUCGGACAUGUGUAAAUGGAUCCAUUAUCACUGAUAAAACACAGUUACGACAUGGUUAUAGAGUACUGUGGGGUAAUAAUCACUUCUUCCGUGUAAAUUGUCCAAAAGCAAAUACCCCGUCUGCUGCAGAAACUCCAGAUCAGCCUAUUGAUUAUGAAUUUGCUCGAGAAGAAUUAAUGAUGAAAGAAUUAAGUAAUGAUCCUAUUCAGUCUGCUAUGAAAGUUCUUGAAAGACAGCAUGAAGAAGAUAAACAUAAUGCAUUGGAAAAACAAAGGUUGAUGUAUGAAAGACAGUUGCAAAUAUUAAGGAACCAGAUGUCUCCGAGUACACCUUAUGCACCUUAUUCCAUGGGAGCAUUUGAUCCUCUGGGAUUAGGAAAAUUAACUCCAACAGGAUUACCAAGUCCAAGCAUGCAAUCUAAAAUGGAAAAAUGGGCACGAGAAAGGGAUGAACUAUUUAAAAAGAGUCUAGCAAAGUUAAGAUGUGAUAUUGUACGUGCAAAUGGUCUUGUAAGAGAAGCUAAUUUUCUUGCUGAAGAAAUGGGGAAACAGACUGAAUUUAAAGUGACGCUCCAAAUUCCUGCCGCAAAUUUAAGUCCAAAUCGUAAGAAAGGAGCAUUUGUAAGUGAGCCAGCCAUUUUAGUAAAACGUAAGAAUAAAGGAAGUCAAGUUUGGUCCAUGGAAAAGUUAGAAAACAAAUUAAUAGAUAUGAGAGAAAUGUAUGAGUGUAAAGAGAAAGGCUUAUGUUCAAAAGAUGAAGAUACACCAAAAGGAAUGAUAGAUCCUUUCUAUGAAUCACAAGAAAAUCAUAAUCUCAUUGGAGUAGGAAAUGUGUUUUUGGAAGUAUUAUUUCAUGAUGUAAAAUUAGAUUACCAUGUGCCAAUUAUUAGUCAACAGGGUGAAGUGGCAGGAAGACUCCAUGUUGAAAUAGGAAGAAUAGCAGGAACAAUUUCUGAUCGAGUUGGUGAUGCCAGUGCAGAUUACAGCACAGAUCGUGACAGUAUACGAGGUUCAUCCUUAGAUAUAUCUGAGAAUGGAGAAGAUGUUGUAGUUGGUAGACAAAUUACAAUUAGGGUGACAAUCAAGGCUGCAACUGGAUUACCUCCAUCUCUUUCCAAUUUUGUAUUUUGUCAAUACACAUUUUGGGGUUUUCCUGAUUCUAUAGUAGUUCCACCUAUAGUGAAUCCAGAUUAUCCAGCCACACGCAAAGGAAAAGAUCGAAUGACUUUCAAAUUUGAUCAUGUUAAGAUAAAAAGUGAUGUUUCAAUAGAGAGAGAAGUUAUAAAAAAAUUACAAAAAAUUAAAAGGGCUUGCUUUUAUUGCAUGCUGCUGAACAUCUAUCUUUUUUGUAACAGACUUCAUGAAGACAGUGUUGUAGCUCCUGGAAGUACAGAUGAUUGGGGAUGGGAUGAACUAUUUAAAAAGAGUCUAGCAAAGUUAAGAUGUGAUAUUGUACGUGCAAAUGGUCUUGUAAGAGAAGCUAAUUUUCUUGCUGAAGAAAUGGGGAAACAGACUGAAUUUAAAGUGACGCUCCAAAUUCCUGCCGCAAAUUUAAGUCCAAAUCGUAAGAAAGGAGCAUUUGUAAGUGAGCCAGCCAUUUUAGUAAAACGUAAGAAUAAAGGAAGUCAAGUUUGGUCCAUGGAAAAGUUAGAAAACAAAUUAAUAGAUAUGAGAGAAAUGUAUGAGUGUAAAGAGAAAGGCUUAUGUUCAAAAGAUGAAGAUACACCAAAAGGAAUGAUAGAUCCUUUCUAUGAAUCACAAGAAAAUCAUAAUCUCAUUGGAGUAGGAAAUGUGUUUUUGGAAGUAUUAUUUCAUGAUGUAAAAUUAGAUUACCAUGUGCCAAUUAUUAGUCAACAGGGUGAAGUGGCAGGAAGACUCCAUGUUGAAAUAGGAAGAAUAGCAGGAACAAUUUCUGAUCGAGUUGGUGAUGCCAGUGCAGAUUACAGCACAGAUCGUGACAGUAUACGAGGUUCAUCCUUAGAUAUAUCUGAGAAUGGAGAAGAUGUUGUAGUUGGUAGACAAAUUACAAUUAGGGUGACAAUCAAGGCUGCAACUGGAUUACCUCCAUCUCUUUCCAAUUUUGUAUUUUGUCAAUACACAUUUUGGGGUUUUCCUGAUUCUAUAGUAGUUCCACCUAUAGUGAAUCCAGAUUAUCCAGCCACACGCAAAGGAAAAGAUCGAAUGACUUUCAAAUUUGAUCAUGUUAAGGAAUUCACUGUAAAUGUUAAUGAAGAAUUUCUUGAACACUGUGCUGAAGGAGCUUUAUCCAUUGAAGUUUGGGGUCAUCGUAGUGCAGGUUUCAGCAAUUCAAAACCUGGCUGGGAAGUUGAUGCUCAGUUGCAGAGAUCACGAUCCUUAGCCGACAGGUGGGCCGAAUUAACUCGUAAAAUUGAACUGUGGGUAGAAAUCCACGAGUUGAACGAACAAGGUGAAUAUUCACCUGUUGAAGUUGUUCCUAAACUUGAUAUUUUGACUGGAGGGAUCUUUCAGUUAAGACAGGGUCAACAACGUCGAGUAGUAGUAAGAGUCAAACCAGUUCAAAAUUCCGGAACUCUUCCUAUCAUAUGCGAAGCCAUUACCAGUGUUGCUAUUGGAUGUAUCUGUGUUCGUUCCAAACUGCAAAAGCCAUUAGAUUCCUAUCAGGAAGAGGAUCUUACACUGUUAAGAGAGAAAUGGUCAGAGGCAUUGAUGAGACGUAGAGAAUAUCUUGAUGAUCAGAUACAGAAAAUCAUCAAUAAGAAAACAAAGGCAGACCAAGAUGUAGAACGAGAACAAAGUUUAAUUGACCAAUGGGUUUCUCUUACGGAAGAAAGGAAUGCAGUUUUAGUUCCUGCUGCUGGUUCAGGUAUACCUGGUGCUCCAGCUGACUGGGAACCACCACCAGGAAUGGAAAAGCAUAUUCCAGUUAUAUUUUUGGAUCUUAGUGCCGAUGAUAUGAGUGCACCAAUCACAGGAGAAAAUGAUAUCAGGGUAGCUGGUGCCAAUUCCAUUUUGCCAAAAGAGCAUGGUAGUAAAUUAUUUACACUGCCGAUAGUAAAAUAUUGUGAAAAGGAAGUUUGUGCUACUGCAGCUUGGGACUCUUCAAUACAUGAUUCUAUCAAUCUCAACCGUGUAACUCCUCAAAAUGAACACGUUUAUUUAAUUCUAAAAGCAUCUGUUAGGUUGAGUCAUCCGGCUACUAUGGAUUUGAUUUUGCGUAAGCGACUUAUUAUAAAUGUAUAUAAAAAACAAUCAAUAACAGAAAGGAUCAUCAAGAAAAUUGGACGGCAGGACUUUUUGAAUACUUGCGGAGUAACUUAUGAAGUGGUAUCAAAUAUUCCUAAGGCAUCAGAGGAUCCAGAGGAUCGUGAGUCUCUAGCACUUAUGGCUGCAUCAGGUGAAGAUGCAGCCACCAACGAUGGCGAAAGUUACAUAGAAAAAUACACUCGCGGUGUCUCUGCCGUCGAAAGUAUACUUACAUUAGACAGAUUAAGACAGGAAGUUGCAAUGAAAGAACUGCUAGCUGCACAAGGCAGACCUUUAAGGAAAACUGCCAGUGUACCUAACAUUGCACACAUUGUACGACUAGAAACUUCACCUACUAAAUUGGAAGAUCAACGACUUGCAGAAUCAGCGUGCGAUCUUUCUUUCCAUGCAUCUUGUGAUAAUUUAGAUCGUUUCUCUUCACGCACCAUCAGCGUGAAGGAAAACAAAACAUCUAGUAACAUUUCUGGUCCAACCUCCAAUUCUUUUGGUCUGACUCGUCCAACCUUCUUGAACCUCAAUUUCAAUCUGAACUUAAGCCUUCGACAGGCCACUACGUCCAAAUUAGCAGGCCCACUGAGUGCCAUUACUCCUCAGCCCACAAAACUAGUCAAGCCAAUGAGGACGUUAUUAGAAGAACAGAGAGAAACGAGGCCACUUUUAUAUCGGGAAGAUUCCGAAGAGUCUGCAGACGAAGAGGAAAAUAAAGUUGAACAAGCUCAAGAGAGUGACGAAGAAUUUACCGAAUUUGCAUCAUAUAAGGGAACAGAAAGCGAUGCAGUUGUCGAUAAAUCAUUAAUGCAGCACUCUUCGACUGCCGAAAGUUUGUUAGAAUUACAGACAAAAGUUGGAACACCAAGCAUCAUUUCCAGUGGUUACGGAUCUCAAGCAUUAUCCACCACGCCAGUAUCCAGUGAAGAUUCUGUAUCACUGCGUAGCUGUAGUGUAGAAGAAACACCUGAUACCGAUGCAACAAAACAAAUUCACAGUAUUAUUGAUAGUGAGAAAUCAAGGACGCAUAUCACAACAGAAUGUGAAAUACAGAGUCCAGAGGAACCUUUGAAUAUGGUUAAUUCUCUGGAGACUUCAGCCAAUGUUUUAGAUUCAUGCGAAAAUAGGAAGAAUACGUCAGAUAGUUUUGUGGAAGCCAGUAAUGAGAAUCAUAACAACGAUUUACAGAAUAACAUGAAUAAAGAAGAAGCAGAGAGUAGAAAAGAGUCAGUCCCUCCAGUCAUAAGAUCUCUGUCCAUAGAGCAGCAAGAACGACGUUCUAAGCUAGCAGAACUUCAACUGGAAACUACACAGGUUGGGCCUCCAGUUGAAUUAUCUUCAAAAAUAAAUGGGGAGGAUACAGAAAGUCAGAACAGUAAUUUAGAAGAUACAGAUCAAGACGAUAGUACUAGCUAUAGUAGUUCUUUUGACAGUCGUAACGAUUUGCAGCAAGCAAUUGAAAUGUCAUUACCGUCUUGGAUAAUUCUUGGUGAAAGCGUUAUGAUUAGUCCAUAUAAUAAACUGGGAGUUGUUGCUUACAUUGGUCCAACUGAAUUUGCACCUGGCGCCUGGAUAGGCAUUGAGCUUGAUACUCCAACGGGUAAAAAUGAUGGUUCAGUUAACGGUAUCAGAUACUUCCAAUGUAAGCCACGCUUCGGAAUUUUUGUUCGUCCUGACAAACUUGUCUUAGAUAAAAGGGGCCGAGCAAUAAGGGCAGCUCGACAAAGUUCAUCCACAUCUGGAGGUAAAGACGGUUUGUGGAGAUCAAGGAGCAAAGGAGAAGGACUCUCAUCCAUUACCGAUAAUUCCAUCCGGCGGAGUAGAAGUCGCGGAGAGGGCUUAUCUAUGCUCGGCACAUCCUCAGAUAAUUUACGUCGAAGCAGAGGAGAAGGAAUUGCCAAGUUAUCCGAGCCAUACCACGACGGGAACCGAAGUCACCACAAAGACGGAGGAAGUGACAACGUGAACAAACCAUCAGGGUACCGUGGAAGGAAGUGAAAGAACUGGGAAGAGCACAGUCCAACAGUAGUUUGAUUCCCUCUUUCAGACACAAUUGUUCUCUCCAACAAUUGAAAUCAAGUGUUGGAGUUAACUCUGCCAGUAAUUUAAGCCUUGAGAUGAAGGUUCGGAAUUGUAGGUAUUUUCUCUAGUUUCUGCUAUGUGAAAGUUACAUCAUACUUGUCCAUUACUUGCUCUAGAUAAUAUUUGCCAACAUUUACCUUGCAAAACAAAACAAAAAAAAAAUAUAUAUAUAUAUAUUAUAUAUAUCAUGUUUGAUAUGAUUUUUUUAUUUGGGUAAACAAACAAAAUCCAUUUUAUGUUAUUGUUGACAUUAUGAAAUUUUAUUAAGUUAAUCAUUGUCUAUAGAUGCAGCUAUUCGUGCAUUUUUAUCUUAUAGAAAUCACUGUACAUUGGGUGAUCUGUUGUUUAUAUUGUUCUGAUACAGUGAUUUAUACAGUUGAAUUUCUUAUUAAAGAGAAUCAACAGGGGGUUAUAGAAAAAUAACUUGUAUAUUAGAUGUAUAUGCAGGGGAUUUUUGGCUUGUCUUCAGUUGCACAUUCAUCACUUGCUACUAGCUUUGUUUUCAGAGCAUUUUUGACAAAUCUUUACCUCUUAAAAUCCAAUUACAGUUGGCAAGAAAGUCGAUGGGAGUUGUAAAUCUGUGAUAAUGGUUAUACAUUCCAGAUGUACGUUGCCGGUUAGAUCACUUGCUCAAAAGAAAUCUACAAAACUCGAAAGCACCCCUUCGGAAGGCCGUACAGCCAAAACUUCCAUCAUGAUUGUGUUUAAUUCUUUAAAGAUGUUUUCCAUUUUUUAAACUUUAUUAGUAUUUUUUUUUAAAUUUUUUUUAUAGUUUUUUCCUCAUUGACUGAAGACUGCCCAAAAACUUUAUUUCUACAGAUCUAGACUGGGUUAAAAUAAAGAUCCUGUCGUGUAAAUAUAACAAACUGGUAGUGUUGAUGGUGGUUGUAAUUUAAAUCUCGUCUCUGUGAACUUGACUGUAAGUUUUCAUCCAUUUUCAUGUGAAAAAUUUAUUGGUGUACAUACUUUAUACUAGAUAAAACUGGUCGCAGCGAGAACUUUGGCAAGUGAUAGAUGUUCGAUAAAUGGAUAGGUCACUGGAUUUGUGAUACCAGUAUUCAAAUAGUGUCAAUUAACUAGAAUAAUGACCAUUCCACCGUUCCAUAGUGUAUUAGUAUGGUAGCUGCGAGGCAGUUUCCUUCGAUAUCACAGUGAACGUCCAUUGUUUAUUCAUCUGUAUUUUGUAGGAACUUUUACCCAGCCAUGUCUGUGGAUUUAAAUUGUUAUUUAAUAUAUGAUGGGACUUUAAAUCAGAAAGUGUAAUUAUGUGGACUACUGUUAACUCCAAGUGUUAACAUCUACUGGCAAGAUUAUUUGAUAAAAAAUAAUUUCGGACCAGUAGGAAAAAUAAAAUCUUCAGUAUCUCUCUGUCUGUGAAUAAAUUAAGUCAAUAAACUGUUACUCCAGA